AUGGCUACACCCUCCUCAUCCGAUUCCUCUCCUGCUACUCCUGCACCCCGCAAAUACAAUCUCCGCAACCCACUUCCUCUCUCCGCCACCCAAGAACAAGAAGUUAAGCAGCUGUGGUAUAAGCGUGUCCGGGCUCGCUGCGCCCCAGAAAUUAAGGCAUUCGCGGAAUGUGCUGUUAACCGUACGGUCACUGCGACAUGGGUAUGUCGCCAGCAGCGCCUUACUAUGAAUUCAUGUAUGGUCCAACAUGCCAAUGCCGAGGAAGAAGAUCGAGCCCGCGAGGAAUGGUUCGCAACAUUUGAAGAGCGACGCCGCAAAAAGGAAGAAGACCUUGUGCGUGUUGAGAAGCGACGUGAAGAGGUUAUCAAAAUGAUGCGCGCUGAUGAGGAGCGUCAGCGACAAGAGAAUCAGGGG